AUAUCAAGAAAGGACCUGUUAGUUCUCUGUCCGAGUCUUUUGUCGUCUUCUCCAAUUCUCUGUCUUUCUUAAUUACUCUGUUAUACUCAUCAACUGCUUAGUGUCAUACCAUCUACAGUAACCCAACUACUCUCCCAAGAGCCAAACCUUCGAACUUGUCACCCACUCUUCAAUUUCCUGUGCCUCAGAUUUUAUACCGAUUUACUUAGGCUGACUAGAUUCUUCUAGUGCCAUCAUGGCACCAUUGGACUAGCCUUCGCUCAUAAUCCGUACUCAUUUGAUGAUAAAAAUAUAAUACACAGCCCGUGUCUGCCUGAUAUUGAACAAUGAGUGCAGCUAAAGUGAAGCGUGUAGUUGGAAAGUAUGAGUUGGGAAGGACAAUUGGGGAAGGAACAUUCGCCAAAGUAAAGUUUGCUAGAGAUUCUCAAACUGGGGAUCCAGUGGCUAUUAAAAUUCUUGACAAAGAGAAAGUUCUUAAGCACAAGAUGUCUGAACAGAUAAGGCGGGAAAUAGCUACCAUGAAGCGAAUAAAGCAUCCACAUGUAGUUCGCUUGUAUGAGGUGAUGGGGAGCAAGACAAAGAUAUACAUUGUUUUGGAAUACGUGACAGGAGGGGAGCUUUUUGACAGGAUUGUGCACCAUGGACGAAUGAUGGAAGAUGAAGCAAGGAAGUAUUUUCAGCAGCUGAUAAAUGCUGUGGACUAUUGUCAUAGCAGGGGUGUUUACCAUAGAGAUCUGAAGCCAGAAAAUUUGUUGUUAGAUUCAGGUGGGAAUCUCAAAGUUUCUGACUUUGGCUUAAGUGCAAUUUCUCAGCAACAAGUCCAGGGCGAUGGACUUCUUCAUACAACCUGUGGAACUCCAAACUAUGUUGCUCCAGAGGUCCUUAAUGACCUAGGGUAUGAUGGGGCAACAGCAGAUGUGUGGUCUUGUGGUGUUAUUUUAUUUGUAUUGCUCGCAGGUUACUUGCCUUUUGAUGAUUCUAAUCUUAUGAACCUAUAUAACAAAAUCUCAGUAGCUGAAUUUACCUGCCCCCCUUGGAUGUCUUUUAGUAUGAGGAAAUUUAUUACGCGGAUCUUGGAUCCCAAUCCCAUGACACGCAUAACUAUCCCAGAAAUUCUAGAAGAUGAGUGGUUCAAAGUAGAUUAUAAACCUCCUGUUUUUGAUGAUGAAGAUGAUACUAGCUUGGAUGAUGUAGAUGCAGUUUUCCAGGAUGCAGAAGAACAUCAUGUGACUGAGAAGAGAGAAAAGCCAACUGCCAUGAACGCAUUUGAUUUGAUUAACAUGUCUAAAGGGCUAAACCUAGGAAGUCUUUUUGAUACAGAUCAGGUUUUUAAAAGAGAAACAAGAUUCACAUCUCGUAGCCCUGCCAGUGAAAUAAUUAAAAAGAUAGAAGAAGCUGCAAAACCUCUUGGUUUUGAUGUGCACAAGAAAAAUUACAAGAUGAGGCUUGAAAAUAUGAAAGCUGGUCGGAAGGGAAACCUCAAUGUCGCUACAGAGGUACUGCAAGUUGCCCCAUCCCUUCAUCUGGUGGAGCUUAGAAAAGCAAAGGGAGAUACCUUGGAAUUUCACAAGUUCUAUAAAAAACUUUCUAGCUCAUUAGAGGACGUAGUUUGGAAAACGGAAGAAGACAUGCAAAAAUCGGACUAG